UCGAGUUAGGUUGCUGGAAGUAUCGGACAGGGUACUAGGUCUAAUGCGCCUUGAAUUUUAAGAGCAGAUGCGCUUUUGAAAUCUGUGCAAAUCGGUUUGCCAACAACGGCCUUGAUUUUACAAUUCUAUGCAGCUCGCUCGAGCGUGGCUUCACGCGCUCCCUAACCGUUGUGGUGGGACGUGUGGUGCUUGUUGUGGUGGUAAACAUUCACGCGCUCAUUCACGUUCAAUCCAGAAACACUGUGUAACGUUGGUACGAUUGCAGAGGGGUGGCUCUGUUACGCUGCGAUUCAGGGCGGGGAGGAGGGGGCUCUUGGUGCAAAAUUGAGCAACGUGAUUGCCUUAUUUUCAAACUACGCUGCUCCUUAGAACGCUUCCGUUUGAAUCGGGCAUGACACUCGCGUGGACUCGUUUUGAGAUCAUUGUACGAUUGUGCAGAACUUGCUUCUAUUUCCUAAAGAGAAACUCAAGUUCUUGGGCUGAGAUAUUACCGGACUUUCUCCUCGCAAUUUCCGAACCAUCAAAAUUGCGGUCUUCCUUCUUGGCCAUGGAGUGCCACAUCUGUACGCAGCGGUUCGACCCGAGGGACCGCAGGCCGAAGGUGCUUCCCUGCGGUCACUCUUUCUGCUUAAAGUGCCUGCGCCGCCUGGAGAGCAAGAAGUGCCCUCUGGACAACAAGAUCUUCAAGUCAUUGCCAGAUAAAUUGGCCGACAACUACAGUCUUCUUGAAGCUUGCAACGCGCCCGCGGAGUCGACCCACCCCCGCUUGUGGUGCCGGAGGUGUAGCAAGAAUCCGAGCGACGACUGCGUGGAACAGGAGCACCCGGUGACCACCUUCAAAAAGUGGCGGGCCAGCGAGGUCGAGUCGACAGUGGAAAUGCUGGAGGGACACGCGAGCAUCUUGGACGGGUUCGCACACGCGGUGGACGCCGAGGCCGUCUCCGCGGAGGUGGCCGACUUCCACCAGGAGCUGGAACAGUGGAAGGGUCGCUUGAAGUCGCCAAUCGGAGCUCAAGAAGGGGAACACUUCCUGGAUGUAGGAACGUCCAUCUCCAGAUCAAAUCUCCAAAGCAUGUGGGAUUUGUUAUCAAACGGCAGUCUUGCCCAGGUGCGCUUCCUGGUGGGCCUUCCCUUCUCCGCGUUCCCGCCCUGGUGCCAGAAGGUGCUGGAGCAAGUGACGCCCCAGCUGGAGGGCCGCAGAUGGCCUCCCCUCUGAAAGGCCACCUGGAGGUGGUCGCAGGCAUGCCGCACCUGCGCGCCCUGAGCAUCACCGGCUUGACUGGAGAGCACCUGGAGCUGGUGAACAAGAGGGCGUCGCUGCGCAGCCUGGAGCUGCACUGCAAGUUGGA